AUGCCUCCAGGCGGGUAUCCGCCACCAAACCAGGGUCAGCUUCAUCAGCAACAACCUGGAAUGGGUUACUAUGGUCAACCGGGUCCUGGUCAGCCACAGCAACCAUCAAUGGCAAUGCAGAGUCAGCAGAUGAUGAUGGGCGGUGGUUCGUCAGCUAUGUCAAUGGGUUAUCAGGGCGGUGUACCGCAAAUGAUGCAACAGCAGCCCGUUCAACCGAAUCCUCCUGCGUCCAUGAUGCAACAAGCAAUGUUUGGAGCUCAAGGAGCUCUUUCCAAAAAUGUUAAGGCAAUUCUGACCACGGUUGUGUCGGAUCAGCAAGGGUUCUAG